UAAAAUACCCAUGAUAAUUUUUCGAAAGAUAAAAUAUCUAUUAUACCCCUCUGUUUGGCAUUUUUAUCUCCAACACACGCAGACUUGCUUUCAAAUGCUCUACUGGAAGCUUACAACAAUGGCGGAUUUCUGCAAAUCGUCGUUGUUCUAUUCUGAUAAAAAACUCUGCUACGCAGAGAUACUUCCACCUUCAGUGGUACGAGCUAGAAUCGAAGUCGCAGUCCUCAAUUUUCUUAAGAUCUUGAAUUCUCCGAAUCCGGCCAUUACCGAUCUCCCUCUGAUAAGUAGGACAUCAAAUAAUAGCAGAGUGAGCCGUGGGUUGAUGACGGAUGUUUCCUCAAUUUUCCUCUCUCACUCUUUCUGCACGAGGUCUCUGAUGAGAGCCAAUGCCGCCAAGGCCUUCGUUAGAGUGUGGAAAGUCAUGGAGAUGUGUUUUCAGCUUCUGACGGAGGAGAAGAGGGUCACUCAGCGAGAGCUCUUCUAUAAGUUGCUUUGUAACUCGCCAGAUUACUUCACUUCUCAAUUGGAAGUCAAUAGAACAAUCCAAGAUGUUGUUGCUCUGCUCCAUUGCAGUCGUUACAGUCUUGGAAUCAUGGCAUCUAGCAGAGGGGCUCUCACUGGGCGUUUGUUGUUGCAGGAUCCAAACCAAGAAACUAUAGACUGCACCGCUUGUGGAUCUUCUGGGUAUGCUAUUACAGGCGACUUGAAUGUGAUAGAGAAGUUGGUCAUGCAGUCAGACGCUCGGUAUAUUAUUGUGGUAGAAAAGCAUGCUAUAUUCCAAAGGCUAGCUGAUGACCGGAUAUUCAAUAAAAUUCCAAGCAUACUUGUCACGGGCAAGGGAUAUCCAGACAUUGCAACUCGGUUACUUCUAUAUCGAAUGAGCCGUGCUUUUCCAAAUCUUCCAAUCGUAGCACUGGUUGACUGGAACCCAGCAGGACUAGCUAUACUAUGCACCUUCAAGUUUGGCAGCAUUGGAAUGGGUUUGGAGGCAUAUAGAUUCGCUUGCAAUGUCAAGUGGCUAGGUUUGCGAGGGGAUGAUCUACCACUUAUACCUGAAGAAUCAUUAGUUCCACUGAAACCACGUGAUCUGCAAAUAGCUAAAAGCUUGAUGUCCUCUGAGCUGUUACAGGAGAAUUACAGAGAAGAAUUGCUGUCAAUGAUUCAGAGCGGUCAAAGGGCAGAAAUUGAAGCUUUAUACUUCCAUGGGUAUGAUUUUUUGGGAAAGUACAUUGCGAAAAAAAUUGUACAAUCAGAUUACAUCUGACACUAGGUGAUUGCCGCUUCCUUUUUCUGUUUCCUUCCGUCUAUGAGUUGAUCUACUUUCCCAUAUCUGGGAUGUGACAAAAGGAUUGCUAAUUCUUCUUACAGGAUGUGAAGACUCAAUUUCAAACUUGGAACCAAAGAAUCUAGUGUUUUUGCUUUGA